AUGGACAUAAAGUGUCCCUUCCUUGAGGGUCUUCAUAUCACCGAACUGAAAACAAUCAAACAGUUGCUAUGUAGCCCUUCAAUUUACCGUUUGACUAUUCUGGAAUGGUUGUUUGGAAGACUGGAUCCUCCCUUUGAAGAGUUAUUUGCUACUUUUCAGGACCCUCAAGCUGAAGAGAAAAUAUUAGAGUUGGUAAGAAUAGGUCAUGAACUGAUGUUGUGUGGACCAAAUGACCAGAAUCUCAUCAAAGGUUAUGGCAAUGUGAAAAAGCAGCUCUUUUUCUUUAAACAGUUACUGGAUCUGGUCAGAAGUCUGGGUCCUGGAUGUGCCAACUUCUCAGGUGUAGAGAACUUCAACAAUUUAAUGAAGAAAAAUGAGAAGCUGCUACAGAAGUUGUUCAGUUCACAUCUCCAGGAGAUUCUAGACCCCAAACUGAGCCCUUUGCCACUGGACAUUGAGUGCCACUUGAAGACAAAAGAAAAUCUGAAGUCAAGGGAGAGCAAGGUGAAAGAACUUUCUAAGAAACUGAAUGAGCUCACUGAAAUGCUUGAGGAGCUCAGAGAAUUUCCAGCCCUCCAAGGGAAAAUGCCCAGCAAAGGCAGCAGCAAGAUGGGCCAGGCUUUCCGUCUGACACUGAUCCUCUCAGAUUUCCACCAGCUGAUCACUGCCUUUAUCCAUGUCUAUGAAACUGAAUGGAGGAAACCUAGUAAGUCCUUAGCCCCUAACAUCAAUCAGUGUGGCCUGUUAUUUCAGUAUAUGUGUGAGACUCUGACUCUCUACAGCCAAGAGCUGAAAGCUGUCAGAGAAGUCAUUGAUACCUCCAAGAUGGUAGAGGAAAUAGUAGGACAGCAACUAGAGAAAGUCUAUUUGGGUAGAGAUCACUACAUGAUGAUUUUGGCCUCAAAAAUGGAAGAACUGAGACAAAAACACAAGCUCUUCAAAAAACCUCUACAGAAACCCAAUGAAAGUAACAGUGGAACCUAA